UUGUGAAGGUCUUCGUUGGAUUCUGAAUCUCUUAUUCUUGAUUUCUUCCGAAAACCCUAAAUAAUUGACGACUAGAAAAGGAAACCCCAAAUCAUCUCUUGAUCACGCUUUCGUGUGGAUUUGUGGGUGAAUUUAAUGUAAUUUGCAAAGAUUUGUUGUUACUGUUGAAUCUUAUAGUUCGUAUGAGUUUUUAUUUAUUUAUUAUUAUUGUCUCGUGAAGUCCAAUUCUAUAGCAUUAGGGUUUGGAUCUUUAAAGUCAGAACAACAGUGUAAAAUCGAAAUCAGGGUUAAGCACACUGUUAAUUAGUAGUGUAAAUUGUUGUUAAUUUUUGAGUUAAGAUUACUGUCAAAGCACACACUGUGUUUCGAGCGUUGUUCUGUUCUGAGUUUGAUAAAAUCAUAUAUGUUAACUGCAGUUUUCUAGUCACUUUUCUUGAAUGCAGUCUGGUUUCAGUUUCUUUUUCGAAAUUUCAGUUUUGGUGGAUUCAAGAUUUGUUAUGUUCAUGAAUUGUGCUCUUGUUUCAGCUUCUUUGCUUCAAUUUUUUUUUUUCAAUGGUGAACUCAAUCAAAGGAGUCUUCAUCUCAUGCGAUGUUCCUAUGGCGCAGUUCAUUGCACAUUUGAACAAUUCGUUGCCUCCUUCGCAGAAGUUUAUAAUUCAAGUACUGAAACUGGACACUACUUGUAUGUUUGUGAAGCCGCAAGCAGAGGAGAUGAUUCAUAGUGCCGUCAUCAAGUUCAGGGACCAAAACUCUUACGCAAAGACGAAUUGAUCGUUUUACUUCUUGGGAUCUUAUUAUAGUGCGAGAGAGAUCAACAAAGGAUUUGUGUGAAAUCUGUGAUGAACUAUACCAUGUUUGUAAAACGAUUAGUGUG